AUGCCCUCCCUGCCCACGCUGUUCUUCAUGGCCAUCUUCUUCCUGGAGUCCUUGGUUGCCAUGCUGCAGAACGGCAUCAUGGCUGCCGUGCUGGGCUGGGAAGGGGUGCAGGGCCAGGCUCUGCCCAAGGGGGACAUGAUUGUGGCCUGCCUGUCUGCCUCCCGGUUCAGCCUGCAUGGCAUAACCUUCAUGAACAACUUUCUGGUCAUCCUCAACUUCGGCCACAGAGUGCACUAUUUGGACAUCCUCUGGGACUUCAGCAACACACUCAGCUUCUGGCUGAAUGCCUUGCUCUCUGUCUUCUACUGUGUGAAGAUUGCCUCCUUCUCCCACCCCACCUUCCUCUGGCUCAGGUGGAGGAUUUCCUGCUCUGUGCCCAGGCUGCUGCUGGGCUCCCUGGCCAUCUCCGUCCUGACCACCAUUCCCUCGGCCACUGGAAAUACCAUUGUGACUCUUAUGCAGGUCUCCCAGCCUCUCCACACCAAUGGCAGCUGGGCUGAUUGGGCGAGGAUCUUAUAUGGGAACUUAUUCCUGUUCCACGAGAUGCUGGCUCUCUCACCGCCCUUUCUGCUGUUCCUGGCAUCCACCGCUCUGCUCAUGUUCUCUCUGCGCAGGCAUCUGCACCAGAUGCAGUCGGGCAGGCCCCGGCCGGGCAACCCCAGCACCCAGGCACACAUCAUGGCACUUAAGUCGCUGGGCUUCUUCCUUGUCUUCUACACAUCCUACUUCCUAUCUGUGCUUGUGGCCGUGAUGAAGUUCAUGCCCCUGCAGUGCCACUGGUACUUUGCCUGGCAGGUGGUGACCUACGCCGGCGUCUCCCUGCACUCCACCAUCCUGCUGUUCAGUAGCCCCAGGCUCAGGAGGGCCUUCAAGAAUGGGCUUCAGGGCUUUGGGACCAAAGGCUGUGGGGGCCUGGACAGAGGACAGGUCCCUCCUGAGGGCUCAGAUAAGGAGCCAGUGCGAGGCUGA